AUGGCUGCCAUGAUCUCCGCCGCUAAGUUCGACAUGAUCUUUGUCCAAUUUUACAACACCCCUAGUUGCUCAGCUGCGACUUGGGCGGCUAGCAACCCAUCCUACACCCCUGGUUCAACAUAUCAGCAAGCCGGCAGAGACGCCAAGGUGUUCAUCACCCUACCUGGUUCCUCAGAUGCUGCCAAUGCUGGGAACUAUAUCACCCAUCAGCAAGCAAAUAAUCUCAUUAGCGCGUACUACUGCCGGCCAUCGUUCGGAGGCGUGGCUGUUUGGGAGGCAACUCGCGGUGACAGCAAUCCCUAUAACGGCAAAUCUUUCCAGGCUACCAUGAAGAUCUGGCUGCAGGGAGCUGCAGCAGACACGCGACUCGCGAGCUGCCAAGCACCAUCAACAACAACAGCAUCUUCUAGCCAACCGACGACAUCGACAACACCGACACAACCCAAUCCCGGCGAGCCUGGUUCUUGCGGUUCCGGUAUUGGAUCUUGCGGUGCCGGAUACUGCUGCAGUGCAUAUGGAUACUGCGGGACAACAAGUGCUUACUGCGGAACGGGUUGCCAGCCGGGCUUCGGUACAUGCAGCGCGGGAAGCAGUUCCGGAGGCAGCUCGGGAGGUAGUUCAGGAGGUAGUUCAGGAGGUAGCUCUGGUGGCAGCUCCGGCGGUAGUUCUGGCGGUAGCUCAGGCAGCGGUGGGAGCUCAGGGCUGCCGGUCGCAAGAGACGGUGCGUGUGGUGCAGGAAUAGCUACUUGCCGAGGCAACGGUGACUACCAAUGCUGCAGCAAGAAUGGAUGGUGUGGUAAUUCGGAUCUCUACUGUGGUGCUGGAUGCCAACCCGGUUAUGGCAUUUGCAGUUGA